AUGGCUGUAACAAAUCCGCCUACUACUUACAAUGGUUUUUCCAUCAUAAUUCUCACCAGUCUCGUAAUCUCUUCUUCAUUGUUUGGGACAUCAUCUGCGCAGUUAAACGCAACGUUUUACUCCGGGACGUGCCCUAACGCCUCUGCCAUCGUACGCAGCACUAUUCAGCAAGCUCUUCAGUCCGACUCGAGAAUCGGAGCCAGCCUCAUCCGCCUUCAUUUUCACGACUGUUUUGUUAAUGGCUGCGACGCGUCGAUCUUGCUUGACGAUAGUGGAAGCAUCCAGAGCGAGAAGAAUGCUGGCCCGAACACAAACUCGGCUAGAGGAUUCGACGUUGUCGAUAAUAUCAAGACUGCCCUUGAGAACGCUUGCCCCAGCGUUGUCUCUUGCUCUGACGUUUUAGCUCUUGCCUCAGAGGCCUCUGUUUCUUUGGCAGGAGGGCCUUCGUGGACUGUAUUAUUAGGCAGAAGAGAUAGUCUCACAGCAAACCAAGCCGGCGCAAAUUCGUCAAUUCCUUCUCCCUUCGAAAGCCUUAGCAACAUCACAUCUAAAUUUUCAUCCGUCGGUUUAAAUACGAACGAUCUAGUAGCCUUAUCUGGUGCACAUACGUUCGGGCGUGCUCGAUGUGGAGUGUUCAGUAACAGAGUAUUCAACUUCAGCGGGUCAGGAAAUCCAGACCCGACUCUAAACACGACGCUUCUCAGCAGUCUUCAAAAGAUUUGCCCUCAAAACGGCAGCGGAUCGGGGAUCACAAAUCUUGAUCUGAGCACACCUGAUGCGUUUGAUAACAAUUACUUCACCAACCUUCAGAGCAACAAUGGGCUUCUUCAGUCAGACCAAGAACUGUUCUCUACCACCGGUGCAGCCACUAUUGCGAUUGUUGCUUCCUUCUCAAGUAACCAGACUCUGUUUUUUCAGGCCUUUGCUCAGUCCAUGAUCAACAUGGGGAAUAUUAGUCCCUUGACAGGGAGUAGUGGAGAGAUUAGAUUAGACUGUAAGAAAGUUAAUGGAAGUUGA